AUGGACAGCAGUCUGAAGAACGUGCUUGUGGUCUCCUUUGGGUUCCUCCUGCUGUUCACAGCCUAUGGGGCGCUGCAGAAUCUGCAGAGUAGCCUUAACAGCGAGUCGGGCCUGGGUCUCACGGCUCUCAGCACCCUCUACGGAACCAUCUUGCUGUCCUCCAUGUUCCUGCCAUCACUGCUCAUCAAGAAAUUUGGCUGCAAAUGGACCAUCACCGGCUCCAUGUGCUGCUACGUGGCCUUCUCCUUGGGCAACUUCCAUGCCAGCUGGUACACACUGAUCCCCACCUCCAUCCUGCUCGGACUGGGCGGUGCCCCACUGUGGUCUUCACAAUGUACAUACAUCACCAUUCUGGGGAAUACGAGUGCCCAGAAGACGGGGAAAGCCAGCAAGGAUGUGGUGAACCAGUUCUUUGGCAUCUUCUUUCUCAUCUUCCAGUCGUCCGGCGUGUGGGGCAAUUUGAUUUCGUCUCUGAUUCUUGGCCAGACUCCCACCCAAAACAUCAUUCCGGAGGACCAGCUCCUCCUCUGUGGGGCCCGUGACUGCCAGAUGGGUGGCUCAUUCAGCAACAGCACCCAGCGUCCAUCCCAAGAACUCAUCUACACACUGGUGGGCAUUUACACAGGAUGUGGUGUACUAGCGGUCCUGCUGAUUGCCAUAUUUUUGGAACCAAUAAAAGACCCCCAACAGAAAAGUGAAGGAGAGAAAUUGUCUUUAUGGUCCAACUUACUGGCGACUUUCAGGCUCCUCAGAGACAAACGCCUCCGUCUUCUUGUCCUGCUGCCCUUGUACAGCGGCUUCCAGCAAGGAUUCAUGUCUGGAGACUACACAAAGUCCUACAUUACCUGUGCCCUGGGCAUCCAGUUCGUGGGCUACGUGAUGAUCUGCUUUGCAGGCACCGACGCGUUGUGCUCCGUUCUGUAUGGAAGGCUGUCCCAAUACACCGGGCGUAUUGCCAUCUUCUCAGUAGGAGCACUCAUCCACCUGUGUUGCAUCAUCGCCCUUCUUCUGUGGAAACCGAACCCUGACCAGCUGGCCGUGUUCUUUGUCUUCUCUGCCCUCUGGGGUAUGUCGGACGCUGUGUGGCAGACCCAGAACAAUGCUCUCUAUGGUACCCUGUUUGAGAACAACAAGGAGGCCGCCUUCUCCAAUUACCGUCUGUGGGAGGCCUUGGGAAUGGUCAUCGCGUUUGGAUACAGCACGCACUUAUGCGUCUACAUCAAGCUCUUCAUCCUCCUGGGAAUCCUGAUUGUGACCAUGGUGGCCUAUGGCACCGUUGAGUACAUGGAGUCUAAGGCCCAAGCCAAGCCACUUCCAACAGAGGAGACCAACCAAGCACAGAACACAGAAAAACAAACUUACAUGUGA